AUGUUCACAUCGCUCGGCCUUUUUGGGGCAAUUCCAUGCCCGCAAGGCAAGGCUUGCACUCUUUUGAAAUGCAUAUUCUCUCAUGAUAAUGAGCCAACCCUAGCUGAGGCUCAGCCGUCGAAGAUUCCAGCGUCAGGCGACGAUGGCCCUCCUUCUAAACGGGUCAAAGUGGAAAGCACACAGUUGCCGGGUUCCCCCAUUCCAUCUUGCAACUUAGAAGAAUCAUCCCUCGAAAUGGGACGGCGCUCACCGAAACCAGUCGCCCCCAAACGAAAUCAAAAUACACAAGACACCUCAAGAGCUCAAGAAGCCGCCCAGCCUACCUCAAGCCGUGGCCCACCAAACCCUUCGGGGAGCGAGCCUGCGAAGCGCACUAAUACCACAUCCGCUGGAUCUUCAUCACAGCUCCCUCCACGCAAAGUUCCAAAAGAAACUUUGAAUCCUCGCAUGCUUUCCCAUGCACCGGCAACUCAUGGCAGUCGGACUGCCAUUCUCCAGAAGCUGCACUCCGCCAUGACUGCUCUCAAUGAAAAGCUACGAAAGGACAAGAAUAGCUCGAAUAGAUGUUUCAUCCUAACCCCCGAUGAACUCACCAUAAUGGCUCUGGAUGAGGAAGAAAAAUUCGCCAGGGACAGCCCAAGCGUUUACGGCAAUGUUAUCAAACUUCGAAUCGUGAAAGUUACGAAGAUGGGAAUUGACGAAUGGGUCAAGGAGGUGAUGUCUCAUCUGAAUUCGCGAUAUUAUAAGAUAAACCCCGUCCAGAAGCCACAGGCGACGCCCAUACCUAUCAACACAGGCCUCACUCCUGCAGAAGAAAUCGCAGUUGUAUCCCAGCUAGUCACGCCCCUCACUGGCCUCGAAGGUCAUGGGUAUGUCACAAAACAGCCCACAAAUGCAGAAAUAGAAACCGCCAAGAGAGGUGUUGAUGAGUCCAAGGGCUGGGAGAAGUGCGACAGAUGCGGUCAACGGUUCCAGGUAUUUCCAGGUCGUCGCGAGGAUGGUGCCCUGGCCAGCGGUGGUUACUGUGACUAUCAUCCUGGUCGGCCCGUUUACCCUCAACGCAAGAAAACAGACCAUGUCACCGGUCCCUCCCAGCCAUACUUUCCCUGCUGCAGCGAGGGAUUGGGGACGUCUACAGGCUGCACCAGAGCCAAGACACAUGUCUUCAAGGUCUCCGAGACCAAACGACUUGCCUCCAUCCUCCAAUUCCAGACAACCCCAUCGCAGCCAGGAAAGGGACCAUUGAAACCGGUCUCUAUUGAUUGCGAGAUGGGCUACACGACAUUGGGGCUCGAACUGAUUCGUCUCACUGCAGUCAGUUGGCCUGAAGGCUGUGAUCUCCUUGAUGUGCUGGUCCGGCCUAUGGGCGAGGUGUUAGAUCUCAACACACGCUUUUCUGGCGUCACCCCACAACACUAUGCUUCCGCCAAGCCGUAUGGCACUCCAAUUCCCAGCAUAUCUUCACCGUCGGCAGACGAGAAAAAGAAAACCAACCCGCCCUUGCAACUUGUUCAGUCGCCCGAGGAGGCGCGCGAUCUGCUUCUGAAGCUCCUCCAGCCCGAGACACCUCUCAUCGGCCAUGCAAUCGACAACGACCUCAACGCUUGCCGUAUAAUCCACCCUACGGUCAUUGACACCGUCCUCCUGUACCCUCACCCCAAGGGUCUCCCCAUUCGUCUAAGUCUCAAGGCCCUUGCUCAAAGGCACCUUGGCCGUGACAUCCAGGUCGGAGACAAUGGGCACGACUCAAAGGAGGAUUCAAUUGCUACAGGUGAUCUUGUGAGAGUGAAAGUGGGUGAGAAAUGGAAAGCGUUGAAGAAGAACGGACAUAAAAUUGAGGGUGACAAGUUGGUCCAUCCGGAUGGCCGAGUAUCAACGGUCACAUCUUCAUGGACAACGGUCCAGAAGAGAAAGUCCAGCAGAUGA